GUCAUGCACACAUUCAUGUAAAGAUGGAGAAGAAAUAAAAUGCAUGCUGAUUCUCCAUACUGUUAUCAGACCAACUCAAUCCUUUGUGACAAAGUAACAUCGUCCAAUCUAAUAUCAUAUCUUUUCUUUUUUUAUCAUAACAACUUGGUCGUCCUUCUUUUUUGACACCUUUUUCUUCCCUUCUCACUCAUCACCUUUAUCUUCAACACCCCCCGCCUCUCUGGGCUUUUAUUCACGUUCAAUGCCAUUGACAUGUCCUUAAAGCACUGAAGCUGCAUGAAUCACACUGACAUUCCAAUAAGGUCACUCUUCUACUUUCUAGUUACACUCUCUGAUAAUGGCCAAGGAAGCUUCACUGUGCCUCUUGUUUCUCUCCUUUCUCAUUAUCUCGUGUUCUGGAUCUCUGGUGGGUUUUUCCUACCGUGAGAGAGGAGACACUUCAACAUCUGCUAGAACCAUAUCAUUCCUUCAGCAAAACAACGUUUCAUCCUCUCAGAUUCGAAUUUUCGUCACAGAUCACAGGAUUUUGAGCACUCUCAGCAACUCCAACGUGCCAACUGAUUUGUACUUGAACAAAAGUGAAGUUGAAAAUUUCAUUACUUCUAAACCCUCUUCACUAAAACCUCAUCUACUUAACUUUCUCCCACGUUUAAACAUCAAGAGCAUCAUUGCUAGCUGUGGCAGUGAGUGCCUAGCAAAAAAUGAGAUGCCUUUGUUCUUGCAUGCUUUGAAAUCAAUUGGUUCAGUUCUCAGGGAGCUUCACAUAGAGAGGGAGGUAAAAGUCUCAGUAGCAUUUCCACUUUCACUCUUGGAAAAGCUGAAUGCAUCACAUGAAAACGAUAUCCGUAGGAUUCUUUCAUUUAUAAAGGAAAUGAAAUCCUUUGUCAUGGUAGAAGACAGUAUUGAUGGAGAAUUUAGCAUGGGAGAUCACUUUGUUCAUGCAAUUAUCAAACGAGCCACUCUUGCUGCUUCCAUUCUUCCUUGCAAAGAUGUUCCCCUUGUUAUAACAAUAAAAACCACAGUUAUCAAGGAAAUAACUCAAUUUAGUGAGAGAGUAUCCAAAUCUCUAGAAGCAAAAACUCAUAUUACAAAAAGAAUAGCUGCAUUAUAUGCAGAGGUGUAUACAACAGAAGAUUUUGCAAGGAAAGAGGAAGAAGUGUUUCCUCUAAGUAAAUCCAACAAAAGGAGAAGUCUAGAUGACACAACCAACCCAACAAACACAGUUUUCCCCACAAAUCCAGCAUCAUCUACACCAAUCAUUACACCCCCAGAUACACCAACUAUCAUCACAGUUCCUGCCACAAAUCCUGUCACAAUUUCCCCCUCCAAUCCUGCUGCAAUGCCUGUGACAGUUCCUUCAACCACACCUGUGCCUCCAACUCCCACAAAUCCAGCCAAUUCACCAGUACCAGUGAGCAAUCCAGCUACAACAACUCCUGUAGGGAUACCACCACCAGUAUCCAACCCUGUGACAUCUUAUCCACCUCCAUCAGGGAAUGCUCCUGUCAUAAACCCUCAACCACAACCACCUCCUGCAAACACCAAUGCUCCUGCCACUCAGGGACAGAGUUGGUGUGUGGCAAAGCAAGGAGCUUCUGAAUCUGCUCUUCAAUCAGCACUGGACUAUGCUUGUGGAAUGGGUGGGGCAGAUUGUUCCCAAAUACAGCAGGGUGGGAGUUGUUAUAGUCCAGUUACUUUGCAGAACCAUGCUUCUUUUGCCUUCAACAGCUACUACCAAAAGAAUCCAGCUCCAACAAGCUGUGACUUUGGAGGGACUGCCACCAUGGUUAACACAAAUCCGAGUUCGGGUUCAUGCAUUUUCCCAUCAUCAUCAGCAUCAUCAACUACAACAACGCCAAAGUCAUCACCCCCAACACCACCUACACAAUCAAGUCAAACAACACCACCACCAAGUCCAGUAACACCUUCUCCAUCAAUUCCAACAGUGCCACCACCAACAUCGUCAACUUCCGGAACAGGCCCUUUCGGGUAUGGUACCCCACCUUCAGUGUUAAAUUCCAGCAAUCCAGCCUCAGGUACAAUGCCAGGUUUUGGGUCUGAAACCCCUCCUGUUGUAAAUACAACGUCGGCAUCACAUUCUGUGGGUUUGAGACCUUCUCUUGGCUGCAUUGUUCUGAUGGUAUCAUUUGUCACUAUGAGACUCACUAUGCACCCAUAGAGUUCAAAAACAUGAUUCCUAUUCAGGUCAUAGUAUAUGAGAUGCUGAAUAGUAUCUCUAGUUACACGUUGGAGUUGUAAUGUGUCAUUACAUUAGAUGCAGUGCGUAGAUCUGUAGGUGCAGAAAGACAUUAGAGUAAGAACGGAACAAAAGAAUAUAAGUGAUUAUGAGUAGCCAAAUGAUCAUGGAUUAGGUGAAGGUGAGGGAAUUUCUACCGUGGAAAUAAAUAACUGCUGCUAUGGUAUCUAGGUUGUACAACGGACUGUGGACAAUAUUGGUCAUGUACAUAAAUUUUGAAAGCUAGUAGUACUUUUUCUUGUGAGAGUUUGCAGUUCAGUGUAAAUUGGUCAUCAAAAUAGCCCCAUUUCAAAAUUUGUGGAGAUAAUUAUGAUUUAUGAGACACUAUCAAGGUUAGAUAGAUGGAUUAUAUCUCCAAUUAUGAUGCAUCUCUUCUUCAGGACGUACCAAUUCAAGAUUAUGUUAUUCUUUCUUUUAUCUGUAAUACCUUAUGACUUAUGUUGUAUUUUCCUUUCCAGAA